AUGAUCAUCCCGAUCAGAUGCUUCUCCUGCGGGAAGGUAACCGGCGACCUGUGGGAACGAUAUCUUAAGCUUAUCGACGAGGGUAUCCCCGACGGUGACGCUAUGGAUACGCUCGGCCUCAAGCGAUAUUGCUGCCGUCGCAUGAUCAUGACCCACGUCGACCUUAUUGAGAAGCUGCUCAAGUACACCCCGGACGGGCGAAAUGACAAGAAGAUCCAGCUCCAGCAGCGAUAG